AUGAAGAUUAAGUUCUUUAUUUUACUUUUUUGUUGUGUUUUUGUAUCAAUUUAUUCUGGUGAGGAGGAAACAUUUGACAAUACAGAAGCACAAUGGCGUUUCAUAUUAUCUGCAAUCCAAUCACAUCCAAAUAUUAAAUGUAAAAAUUUACCACACAGUGUGCCUGGGGGAUUUUACUCACAUGGUGAAACCAAGUUUGUUACAGAAGCGAAUGAAAAGAUCAAAAUAAUGAAAGAAAAUUGUAUUGGAGCGCUCACAAGCCUGCUUGAAGUUCAUCUACCUAGAAGUAAAAGAAAAUAUUUAUUUAAAUUCUCAGAUAUUAAGAAUACAGAUGGUAUAAUUGGGUUAUUUUGCGAAGAUACUGCGAUUAAGUUCUUCAAUAUUUCUAAAUACAUUGGUUCUAUAAAUACAGAGAGUUUAGUAGAAACCGAAAGUACUCUUUUAAGAGAAAAUCAAGAUGAAAUCAGCUCAAGUACGGAUUCAUUUAAUAAUUAUGAAAACGAAAUUGAUCGUAUUCCUUUAUCAAAAAAAAAUAUUUCAGACCUUGGAAAGAAUAACAAAGAAAAGAAAUACAAUGUGAACCAAUUCGAUUUUUCAAAAACUUCAUCUGAAUUGACAAGUGAGGGACUGGGAUACAAUUCGGCUGAUUAUGAGCAACUGGAAACUGAUAAUACACCAAUUUCUAAAUAUAAGGCUCCAAAAAUUUUAACUACAAUAUUAAAAUCGGUAUUGGAUGAAAACAAGGAGGAUCUACCAGCAUUAGAAAUAGCAAUUUCUCAACUACCUAAGCAAAUACAAAACAGAGUGCUUUCAUUUUUUAGAUCAAGAAACGUGGAUGGGAUUGUGGAAAUUCUGAACAAAUUACCUAAACAAAUUUUAGAAUCAUUUAUCAAUAGUAUAGAGCUUGAAAAAAAACAAUUAAAAUUUCAACUUGGAACAAGUUUGGAACAAUCUGAAUAUUCCGUCCCUUUGUUGGAAGAUGAAUGGAAAGCAAUUAUAGAUUUUAUGAACGAUCAAUCAUCACCUGUUCAGUGUGAAAAAAAGAUAAACCCAUAUAAAAUUAAAAUUCCAAAAGAAUUUAAGUAUAGUAACGGAGUUUUGAAGAAAUUUAUUCAAUAUUGUAGAAGAGGAAUUAGGAGUUUAGCAUAUGAAAAAUAUACUUCUGACGAUGGAAUAACUUAUUAUAGUUAUAAUGAAAAUAAUUCGAAUGGAAUUUUAAUUGCAGGAAAUGAUUCUGACCAUAGAAAAGAGCAAGUGGAAGCUUUUUGUUAUAUGGUUUUUGAGAGAUUGUAUGGAAAAAAAGAAAAAGAAAUGAUGAAUAAAAGACACAUGAAGACAUUGGAAAUAAAGAAAUCGUGGGAAGAUGGUGGAGUGAAAGGUAGAGUAAUUGAUAGUUUGUUAAAAGGUUUUUCGGAUGAAAUUAACGAUGAAAGGUUACAAUGGUUGUUUUUAGUAGAAAGUGCAAGCGUUCCAAAUCCAUUGGUAUAUAGUACUGAUUUGCCAAAACAUACAAUACCAAUCUCUUUUACAAGCAAACCAACUGAUGCUACAAUUGAAAUCACAGGGAAGAUCAGAUCAUUUGUAUACAAUUGUAGAAAUGCAUUAAUGACUUUAGGAGUAGAAAAAUUCCCAGGAACUAAAUCACCACUGAACAAAGUACAACUGGGUGCUGAUAAGGUUCAAGGAUUAAUAAAGUUUUGUAAGUCAGUGGCACAUAGGUAUAUGGGAAGGCUUGUUCAAUGGUUUAACAUAAUUCAAGCUUCUUUAGACGAUGAUGUUAUUAGAUUAAUUGAUCUGAAAAAUCCUGAGUUUCGUUGUCCUGAUUACUUUGAAUAUGAAGAUGACUCAAAGUUAGCAGAUAAUUGUUCAAAAACUAUAUUAAUGAUGAUAAAUGAAAACAAGAAGGCAAAAGAAGAUGGAAAGGCCAAGGUUUGGGAAGGAUUGAAAGUAAAUUGCCAACCUAACCAUGUAAAUCAACAUAUACGUUCCUUUUGUAAUUCUAUUGCAUAUGAGAGACCAGAUAUCAGGAUAGCAUCAAUUAAUGAGUUUUCGGAACCAGGAGUUAGUAACGAAUUCAGCUCAGUUGAGGAAAAACAAGAAAGCUUUAACAAGGAGCAACUGGCGAUAGAAAUUGUAGAGGAAAGAUUGAAAGCAAUUGAGAGCAAGCAGAUAGACGAACAAACUAAUUCCGCAUAUAAACUAGAUAAAUGGAAUCAGCUUCAGGAGCUUAUGGUUGAAAAUCGGAAAGUUAGAGAAAAAUUAGAUAAAUAUUCCAGAAAACAAUUUCAGAAAUUGUUCGAAAUAGAAGAUGCACAAAAAGAAUUAUUAUUAUCAUUAUUGAGUGAAAAUAUUAUUAGCGAGAAAAAAAAAGAAAACAUUAGAGACUUUAUAGAUAAAUAUUCUUCAGAUUUGUUAUCGAUGAGAACAGAAUGGGCUGAUUUGUUAUUUCAGAUAAGUAACAAUAACAGAAAACUAACAGAAAUAGAAAUAGAAAUCAUAAAUUUUGUCCAUCAAGCAUUAGAUUAUAUUGCAAUUUCGCAUAGAAUUGAACUUAUAAAUUCACCAACUAUGGCAAAUAUGGUAAACUGGGAAGAAACACUUAUAGAGAAGGAGAGAGUAUAUGUAAGUUCCAAGAUGCUAGAAUAUAGCAAUCGUUUAGAUUCUGAUCAAAAAAUUCAGAAAUUAAAAGAUACGCAUUUUAAACGACGGCAAUUAUUUGAAAAAAAUUUAUAUAGAAUUCUUCCUCGCAAACUCUGGAAUAGAGUAAAUAGCUUGGCUGGUAAAGGCCUUUAUCCUCUACCUACAAAAAUGAGUGAAAAGGAAUUGAAAGAAAGAAAAAGUUUAAUAGUUAAGCUUCAUGAAGAGAAAAACAAUAUGGUUGCAAAAUAUGAUUCGGAAGGCCAAAAAUUGGCAAGACAACUGAUUGUUAUUGAAAAGGUAGUUUAUAAACACCUUGCAGAUUUAAAUGAAAUGUGGGAUACUACCUACUCAAUUGAGUAUUCAAUUCAAUGGGAGCUCAGAAUAAAAGAUAUGCAAGACACUUAUUUAUAUUUAAAUAAUGAAUAUAACAAAAAUGCUGAGUUUGUCACAAGGCAGCAGCUUCGUCAGUCUCAACUUCAAAUUGGCAACCCUCAAUACCAGCAAUUAUUAAGUGAAAUAAAUCAAACAAUAGAAAUUGCUACUGAUGAAAUGAAAAAGUUAUUGAAAUUAAUGAACGAGUUAAGACAAAAAAGAAAUGAGCUAGACACACUUGUUGAGUCAGAUUUGUCAAAAAAUUAUGCGGAAAAAAUAAAUACUCUGAGAAGGAAUUCAAAAUUAUUGGAGGAUAACAUAAGCAAUGACAUUAAUAUUUUAGAGAAAAAAAAUGAAAUAUCACAAUUGCAACUUAAUAGAGAUAUAAAGUAUUUUGAGAUUACGAAUAUAAAAUCAGCUUUUUCUGAAAGGUUGAAGAAAAGUGAAGGGCUAAUUGAAGCAAAUAUGUGGUUAAAUGCUAAAAAUGAUCAAUUAAUUUCUAGCUAUGAAUCCAAGUUAAACGAUGAUUUGAGCUCUUUGGCAUACUCAUUUGAAAAGUCUGACAAAUAUGAAACAUAUUUUACUAUGGAAGAGAUUCCAAAAGAGGCAUUGUCAGAGCUUAAUAAAUAUAAAGAACAGCUGAAGAUUAGUUUAUUCAAUGUAAGGUUUUAUAAUGACAACAUAAAUGACAAUGAUAUGCAACAUAUUCGCCAAUUUGAAUUGCUAGAUGCAAAUACAUUAGCUUAUAAAGAGUCGUUUGAAUCAGAAGGUGAAAUAGAUGAUGGAACAUUAUAUGGGGAAUUAAGUACACUUGAAUGGAAUAUUAUUCAAUCAAGAUGGGAGUUGUUGAAGAUGAAACAUUUCUAUAUAGAAAAAAAAGAGAAAAUACUGUUAGAAUGUGCAGAAAUGAGAAACUCUCUAGAUGAUCUAAUGUUAAGAAAGUUCGGACUGAUACCUAUUACCAAGCCAAAGAACGUUCCUAAAAAGGCAAAAAUUUUAGUUAUGAAAGGAAUAGGGAUUAAUUUGGGUGAUGAAGGAGUAGUCUCGGAUGAAACUAAGCAUCUUAGCUAUGAUGAUAAGGUUCUUAGACUCGUACAAAAGAGACUUGAAGACGCUAACUCUGUAUUUGAGCAGGAACUUUCCAAUAGAUUAAGUAUUUUGGAUGAAAAAAUAAGAGAAGGAAGGAUACGAUUGCAUGAGGCCGCGAGAGAGGUUGUUUCAAAUUGGGAGUUACAGCAAUCAACUGCUUCAUUUAGGUUUGCUUCUCCUCAGAAUAAAGACAGAAUGAGAGAGACGUUCGUAAAAGAACGUGAUAAGGUGACUAGGGAUGAAAUUAAGAAAACAAUACCACUAAAACUAGAAAAACAUAUAUUGCUCCAACAACAAAAAGAUCGUGCACUACAGUUUAAACGUGAUAUAGAUUGGAUUCAUACACCUGGAAGGGUUGCAAGCCAAUUAAUGAAGUUCGAGCAAAAAAUUAGAAUUUUUUGGAGGAAAAGACACGAUCAUUAUGAAAGAACACUAAAGUUUCUAACAUAUCAGGCAGAACAAGUCGAUAAAAUUAAACAAAUCGAUGAAGAACUUAAUUCUGAAGAAGAAAACGGGUCAAAAUCUACAAGAGCAACUGCUCAAACAAUGAACAAUAUUCAAGAUUUAAGAAGAGAAAGAGAGAAGCUAGAGGCGGAUCUUGCUCAGAAAAGAAGAGAGUAUCAGAUGCAACUCUCUAGUUUCCAGAAUGAAAGAGAUGCACUUUAUGAUGUAUCGAAAAACCUUACAGAUGACGAAAAUAGUUAG